UUAUUAUUCCAAUUGAAAUAAAAAAGAAAAAAAACAAAGAAAAGUAAUUGAAGAUGUCUCUGGUACCAUUAUUAAUGAAUUUGGCUCGUGGUUUGGAUGGCGAUUGCCAUCAUGGUCUGGUAGACGAUUGGGAUCGUUUGUUGGAUGAUGAUUUUGGUUUUGGCAUAAAUCCUGCCGAUAUUUUCCGUCCACGUUUGGCUACAGCCUCGAGCCAUCAUCAGCAUCUAUUGCCUAGACGUUCUUCAUUGUACGCACCAUAUUUGGUUGGCAGACGCCAGCGUCAGCAACGUGAUAGAACUGACUCAACAUCUGGUAGCUCUGCUUUAGUGCCUACCAUUGGCAAAGAUGGCUUUCAAGUGUGCAUGGAUGUUUCACAAUUCAAGCCCAGUGAGUUGACUGUGAAAACCGUAGAUAAUACUGUAAUUGUCGAAGGCAAACAUGAGGAGCGUGAGGAUGAUCAUGGCCUUAUACAACGUCAUUUUGUACGCAAAUAUUCGCUGCCAAAAGAUUAUGAUGCUAAAGAUGUGGUCUCGACCAUUUCAUCCGAUGGGGUUCUUACCGUUAAAGCUUCUCCACCACCCAAUAAAACCAUUGCUGGCAAUGAACGUGUCGUCCAAAUUCAACAAACUGGCCCGGCUCAUUUGAAUGUGAAGCAACCGGAUCAGGCUCAUGCUAUCAAGCUGCAGCAGGCUCAGUCUAAUGGUGCUGCUGCCGGGGAAAAGGCUGAAGCUGCCAAAUAAAGAUCAACCAUUCAAUUGUAUUGAACAAAUUAAAAUUACCUUUUAAGUGAUUUAUGAUCUAUUCCGUUUAUUUUUCGUUCGUAGAUGUUUAGAGUUGCUCAUGGAUUCUUUUUAAUUUUUAUUCAUUCAUUUCAUUACAUUUUAAGUUUUUCUAUGUUUUUUUAUUCUCAUUUAUGCUACUGUGUAGUUUAAUGAUUCCAAUAUGUACUGAAUUAUAUUUAAAAAUAAAUCUUUUGUAUCUUUAUAUUAACUUGGAUAA